ACAAAAUAAUAUCAUUUUCUAAUAUUAUCGUAUCACAGUAUAUAUGAUUUGUAAUUUUGAGUUAUGUAUCACAUCAUUUUCCUCAUUUAAAUUUGUACAACAACAACUAUGAGUACAAAUUAUAUUCAGCGCGAUAUAUGAUCCGGUUUGUCAUAUUCCUAAAUCUACGUUGAAAACCCAAUAUUCUUUAUACUAAAUUAUCAUUUAAGGAAGUUAUUUAAUUGCCACCAUCGCCAUUAAUGGACCACAUAAUGAUUGUUGCAUUGAAGGUUAGAACUAGGGGUGCGGUUGAUACAAUAGUUUAAUUUUUUAUUAUUCUGGAAAUGACUUAAUUUUAGUGAUAGUGGUCAAGGAUUCAAUUGGUGAAAAAAAUAUCAAGACAUCAAAGCCCAAAGGUAGAACAUUGGUGCAACCACAAAAAUCAUAAUCCAAUACAGAGGUCGAACAAAGAAAUAGUUUCGAUGAAAUGCAUAUAGUCAACGUGCGAGCUCAAAUAUUGUUAACAACGACACCAUUCAAUCUCUUUGUCCAACCCUAAAACUUUCUAUCCAAUGCUGCAAAUUUCGUCUUCCAUACCUAUUACUUUUGUAGAAUUGCUUAUACCAUUGAUAAAAUGCAUCUGGUCAAUAGGUGGACCUAAAUAUAGUAUACAAGAACGACAACAUUCAAUUUCUUCAUCUAAACCUAACACUUUCUAUCCCAUGGGGCGAUUUUUUUCAUCCAAACCCAACACUUCUUGUACAAAUUGCUCUUGUUACUUAUAGCAUCCAUGAAGUACAUCCGGUUAAUGGGCGGACCCAAAUCUAGAUCUAGUAUUCAAAGACACUAUCUAAUUUCUUCAUCCAAACCUAAAACUUCGUAUCCAUACAGCAGGUUUAGUGUGGAACACCCGCCGAUCUAUAGUGACUCGAACUCAUCCUCGUGCCACUGGCCGCGGCCAAUCACGAUCUUCUUUAUUGAUAAAAGACGGAAGUUCAACGCCUUAAUUAGCAUUAACUAAACGAUAAUAAAUGAUACCAUUACAUCAUAAGAGAACAAAAAUACUAAAUUUGGGCGCUCACUACAAAAAUAUGUGCGUCAAAAGAAAAGACACGACAUUCACAAUCCAAUAAAAUCGACCACAAAAUUGCUCUCUCUCUCCUACUCCUUACACAAGUGAGACUUUAACUUCCAACUCAUUACACAAAUAGCUUCUAAUCGGUCGAGCUAUUAGCUAUUCCUGAUUGCUUGUGAUCAUCCUCUUGACCUCUUCCCAGUUCCUCUCUGGUUAUGUCGAUGACAGAUUGACAGUUGUAGAAUCCAAUUUCAAUUGACCUUCCCUAUAACCCUAGUAGCUUGUUCCACGCCAUAGCCAAACCUUCAUGAAAACACCCGCCGCUGCUCUGCCUGAUGGUAGUAGAACAGAGCCACGAACCUAGACUCGAAUUCAGUCUUCUUGUAAUGAAGUUCGAGCAAUUUUCCAGCUCACACGAGCUUGUUGAUGUUAAACCAAGUUGUAAUUCUCUGAAUUAACUCGGCUUCAGAGUCCAGAGUAGAAUAAGCCUCUCCAAUCUCCAUGGGUUCUUCAUUUUUCUGUUUCCAGAAGUCCACUCUGUGUUCCCUCCAUAAUUAACCUGUUUUGUCCUCCACACCGCAUGCAUUAUGCCAUGCCCUCGCCCUACAAAAUUAAGGUUCAUAUCCUAAGACGUUACCUACCCUGGAUCAUCCCCACUAAUUAAUUAAUUAAUAUAAAUAAUAAAAUCGAUAACGCUGAGAAUUGGUCGUCGUUUCAUCAGCAUGUAAUGCGCCAUAACUGUUCUGUACUGUAGGCGGAAACUUAUAAAAUAUAUACCCACCGACGUUUCUCAAGAAUCCAACGGCCGGCCCCUUUCGCAUUCAGACAAGAACAGACGUGAGCUCCUCUACUUUUUGCUAUCUACUUAUCUCCAAUGUCUUAAUUAUUACUUAUUAUUAUAAUUAUAAAUCGUUUUAAUCAAAGCGUUAAAACAAAAUAAAUAAUUGACUUUUAAGAUGUUGAGAGUGUAGUGAAAGGGAAGGCACGGAUUGAGAGAAUUCAAUCACUGAUUUUAUGGGUUGUGAAACUAAUCAUGGAUUGUAUCAAUCAAGUUACUAAAUAGGAUUUAGUGGUAAAAAUGAAUAAAUGAUCUGAUGCGGUACGCCGGCACCACUAAUCAUAGUCUAAGGAAUAUAAAAAAGUUAAUAUGCUAAUUUGAAGAUUCGUUAGCAGAUACUAACUGAUAUCCAAAAUACAAGAACCAGUAUCCAAGUACUAAAGUAUCUAGAGAGCACAGACUAGUAUUCAAGGUUUGCUAACUGAUAUCCACCAUGAAUCAACUAUUAUCCCAAAUUCACAAAAUAAUAUCCAUACAACACAUAAUUAGUAUCAAUACAUCACAUAAUUAGUAUCCAGAUAACCCAUAAGAGUAUCCAGAUAACCCAUAAGAGUAUUCAUAUUGAAUACUAGUUAGUUGAUUGUGGAUAUUAGUUGGUAUCUGCUAUUUGGAUACUAGUUUGUGAUGUUUUGAAUACUAGUUUGUGUUAUUUAGAUACUUUAGUAAAAUCAACAGACUUGAAUACUAGUUCAUACAUUUUGAAUAUUAGUUAGUAUAUACUAACAACUUAUAAGUGCUAAAGAGCAGAUGGGAAAAGGAGGAAUGGAGAAGAAAGCGCCCUGCCUGCCUGCCAUGGGUUGUCCUAUCUUAUAAGCAAGGUACCAUUGUAUUUUAGCGCCUCGCCAGGGAACCCAAUCUUGUCUUCCUAUUUCUAGCUCACUAAACUCAAUCAAACCACUGCUUAAAAGGGUUGCAGCCUUCCAGUAAUAAAAGUUUACUAAUUAUGCCUCGCACGUUGUACAGCCUAGCUAUGUGUGCAACAAACUUAUGUUGAACAAAAAAAAUACAAAAAUGCAACAAACCAUUAUGCAGUAUUGAGUCCGUAAUUACAGGAUUCGGAUUUAAAUUUAGUUGUAUUUUGCUAAAUUUACUUUGGAGACAUUUUAAUCACGGAAAAUAUGUUUAAUUGUAGAUCAUGCGUGAAAUCAUAAUACGUAGUAAUCACCACGUGUAAAUUUAACUAAUGGUCUACUUUUUAGCUACAAAGAUAUAUAUACUCAGAUUACAUCCUUUGUUUUCGUAGUUUCGUUCAAUAUUUGUUAGAAUGAAACCAAAUAAUUAACAUAUUUCUCACUAAAACUACGCAUACAGAAAUCUUCUUCCAUUAAAUUUGUUAGAAUGAACCAUAUAAACUAUUUCUUAUUGAAAAUAAGCAUGAAGACUUGAAAAUAUUCUUCCACUUAAUUCGGCGGAACGAACCAAAUAAUUUUUUUACUACAAAUAUGCAUCCAACCUAAAAAAUCUUAUUCUCACUAAAUUUGUUAGAACGAACCAAUUAACCUGAGUUUUUAUGACGGAGUAUUAAAUAAGAAUCGAAACGAUCUCUCUGUCAAAGGCUUGCUCAUUAAUUUUUUAAUUAAGUUAAAUGAAUGUCACUCUUAUAAAAAAACCAAGCAAAAACAAAAAAGAAAUAUCCAACCCACAUUUUCAUGAAUUAUACAACGUACAUGUAGUCGUGUACUACUAGCAAAUAGCAAGAAUCUACAAAUUGCGGUGCUUAAUUAAUAGGGAGAAAAUGAGGGGUGGAACGUGGUCGUUUAUAUUUUUCUUGCAGCAAGAGGGUAGAACAUGGUGUAUUUUUUUUUUUUUUUUUGAAAGAACAUGGUGUAUUAAAUCAUUGCUUUUUUGGCAGGAAAUAGUAAUGAGUGUCGGCACACACACUCUCUCCAUGUGGACCAGUGCCCUCCCUUUUCUGUUUUUAUUUAUUUAUUUUGUAAUUUGUUUUUCUGGGAAAUUUCCUUCACCGUCACGUAGAUGGCAUAACUAUGGAAGGCUGUGGAUCGAGUUGCGAAUCCCGUUAACCACCCAAAAAAGAAAAAUGGCGGAAACCGUCAAAAAUAAUUAGAGAAGAGGGAAAAGAAAAGGAAAGGAAAGGAAAAGAAAAAGAAAAGGAAGGGAGACAGCUCAGCUGGCCAAAUAACAGAACAAAUGGCUAAAUCUUUUUUUGUUUUUUUUCUCCCUUCCAUCUUCUCCCUCCUUCCUUUUUGUUUAUAAGGAAGAUGGAGGUUCCCAUGUAUGGGUGUCAAUUUGUAGAGGAAGAGAGAUUGAGAGUUGAAGAUCCAGAUUGAGAAAAUUUUAGAGAGAGUUCGGUUCUGGGACACUUCCCCUCUGUGUCCCUCAGGGCCCCAACUCCCUCUCCCUCCCUCUUUGUUUCUCUUCUUCUUCUUCGUCCUUUGUAUAGAUUGCACUCUUGGUGUUUGCGUUAAUGCCUCUUAGAGCAACAGAUCUCUAUUCUCAUUGAGGGGGUUCAGCGACUCUGCUGUGGAAACAUAAAGGUGUUGCUGUUUUUUUCCUCCCCUUCCUCUGGGGCUUCAAGGCAAGAGAAAGGUACAAUUCUGAGCAACAUUACUGACCUUUUCUUUUCCUGCUUUGUGCUUUCCAGUUCGUACCUUUUCGAGUUUUUCUUCUGUCAUACAAUCCAUGGUUAAGCUUCACAAACCUUCAACUCGGUGAUUGAAUUCUUUCAACCGGUGAAAGUUCUUCAUUUUGGCAGGAAUUAAAUUGGUAGACCCAAAUUCUUUAGCCUAUCUAUACAAAGACAACAAACCCUUCCCGAUUCCCCCUCCUCGAGGCCAUCUUCAUCCUCAUCGCUUCUUUAAUGGGUUCCUUCCAUUUUUGUUGCGUAAUUUGGAAGCAGAAGUAGAUCUGCCCUGUCUUGGUUUCUUGCUAUGCUACCCAUUUUUGUUUUUGUCUCGCUUGGUCCUUUUUUGCUCCUUGGAAUGGUUCUUGAAGCUUCACCAAAUUGCAGUUUCUUUUACUACGCCUUUCACUUCCUCAGUCCGUGGUGGUCUUUCUUUUUUAGGUGGGAUAGCUGGAGAGUGCUAUCCUCUUCUCUUGUUGUUAUGCUUUCGUCAAAGCUAUUUGGAAUUUAGUGCUUUUCUCGCCUUUUGCUUUUGUCAAAAUUUGCGGUCUCACCAUCAUGAUCUUGCAUGGGAAUUCUAGGUCCAUUGGUUGGAACAAAUCGAGGCCUGAAUAAUGAAUGAUUUCUUUAUUUGCAAGGAAGUUGUUGGAAUUGUAUGAUUUACUAUAAGCUGGCACUCGUAUUCUUUCCUCUAUCAUUGGUGUUUGGUACAAAAGAUCUAGUGCUUCAUUUAUCUUUUGUGCCUUUUUGGUGUGGUGGGGAUGUAGAGAGAUAGCGGGAGAGGAGGACGAUGAACGGAUUGGAGCUUUUAGGACGGCUGUAAUUGAUGGAGAUGGGUCCCAUUGUCAUGUGGGAAAACGAACAACGUUUAAAAGUCAGAUGUAGAUAGUAGACCUACUCGUCUCUAAGUUGCUGCCAGAUCUUGUAGUAGUAUGCAUACAUAUUCAUAAAGGCCGGCUUGGGUAGUUGGGUAGCUUCUGUGCUCACCUUGUUCUCUCUAAUAUCUUCAUCAACCUCUUUACUCUUUCCUUUCACCCAUUCCUUGGUUUUGCUUUUUCUGUCUGCAAGUCUGUUGUAGCCGAUUUCCAUUUUUUGUUCUUCCCCUAUGAGCUGGAUCUAACAGAGCUUAGGUAGCUAGGACCUUUUUCACAUCCUUGAUCUGCCUACUCCAGCCUGCUAACAAUAAACUUAUCUGGUAAUUGAUUUGACAUUUUGGGAACUCCACGUGCAUCCCUUGGCUAGUUUAGUUUCACAUUUGCCCAUGUAACGGAAUUUAUGUUGUCUACUUUUGAAGUGUUCCCUCCGCCUCCUUGUAGCUAGACUGCUGUUAUCAGUUAAGAUUGGCUUGAAAAUAUGAGAUUGCCUUAGACGUCUUAGUUUGUUUGCAGAUAGUCUCUAGAGAAGAGAGUUCAUCAUGAAGCAUCAUAAAGAUGGGAAACCGGGAUACUCAUCGGAUAAAAAUCCAAGGCUUGGUACCGUGAUCAUAACUUGCAUCGUUCUUUGUGGACUCUCCUUUUACCUGGGUGGAAUCUUCUGUUCUGAGAAGAACACGAUUGAGGAGGCGGAGACCAAUGAAGUGAAGGUGUCAAUCCCAUCUCCCAAAGAAACAUCUGUUGCGCCUCUUCAAGUCAAAUCCUCCUCUUUCUCUGAAUGCAGUGCUGACUAUCAGGAUUACACUCCUUGCACAGAUCCAAGGAGGUGGAAGAAGUAUGGCGUUCAUCGCCUUACUUUCAUGGAACGCCAUUGUCCUCCAGCAUUUGAGAGGAAGGAAUGCCUAGUUCCACCUCCAGAUGGCUACAAGUCACCAAUUAAGUGGCCCAAGAGCAGGGAUGAAUGUUGGUACAGGAAUGUGCCAUAUGACUGGAUCAACAAACAAAAAUCGAAUCAGCAUUGGCUGAUCAAGGAAGGUGAAAAAUUCCUUUUCCCUGGAGGGGGUACUAUGUUCCCCAAUGGAGUUGGUGAGUAUGUCGAUCACAUGGUAGAGCUGAUCCCAGAAAUGAAGGAUGGAACUAUUCGGACUGCCAUUGAUACUGGUUGUGGGGUUGCUAGUUGGGGUGGUGAUCUAUUGGAUCGUGGGAUCCUAACUCUUUCUCUGGCUCCAAGAGACAAUCACGAGGCCCAAGUGCAAUUUGCUCUGGAGCGUGGAAUUCCUGCAAUUCUCGGCAUCAUUUCUACACAACGCCUUCCCUUCCCUUCCAACUCCUUUGAUAUGGCUCAUUGCUCCAGAUGCCUUAUCCCAUGGACUGAAUUUGGGGGUGUCUAUCUCCUAGAAGUUCACCGGAUCCUGCGCCCUGGAGGUUUCUGGGUUCUUUCUGGCCCACCCGUCAACUACGAAAACCGAUGGAGAGGCUGGAACACAACAAUUGAAGAUCAGAAAUCUGAUUAUGAGAAGCUGCAGGACUUGCUGACUUCAAUGUGCUUCAAACUGUACAACAAGAAGGGAGACAUUGCUGUUUGGCAGAAGGAUUCGGACGACACUUGCUACAAGAAGCUUGUGAACCCUGAUGUAUAUCCACCCAAAUGUGAUGACAGUAUCGAACCAGAUUCAGCAUGGUAUACCCCACUCAGGCCCUGUGUGGUUGCUCCAGGUCCUAAGAUCAAAAAGUCUGUUCUUGAAUCCAUCCCCAAGUGGCCCGAACGCCUCCAGGUUGCGUCCGAGCGCAUCUCAGACGUGCAUGGUGGGAAUGCCAAUGCUUUCAAGCAUGAUAUUGGGAAAUGGAAGGUCAGGGCAAAGCACUACAAGAAGUUGCUUCCUGCAAUCGGUACGGACAAGAUCAGGAAUGUGAUGGAUAUGAACACGGUUUAUGGUGGGUUUGCAGCAGCCUUCAUCGAUAGCCCGCUGUGGGUCAUGAACGUGGUAUCUUCUUAUGCCCCCAAUACGCUUCCAGUGAUCUACGACAGAGGGCUCAUUGGAACUUAUCAGGAUUGGUGUGAAGCGUUCUCAACAUAUCCCAGAACCUACGAUCUCCUCCACGUUGAUGGCCUCUUCACUGCCGAAAGCCACAGGUGCGAGAUGAAGUAUGUGCUGCUGGAGAUGGAUAGGAUCCUUCGGCCGAUGGGUUAUGCCAUAAUCCGGGAAUCCAGCUACUAUGUUGAUGCAAUAGCUACGAUUACGAAGGGGAUGAAAUGGAGUUGCAGGAAGGAAGACACAGAGUACGGGGUUGAGAAGGAGAAGAUAUUGGUUUGCCAGAAGAAGCUCUGGUAUUCCUCGAACCAGACUUCAUGAUGGAGACGAGCUCUGUUAUCAACAAGUUCCUUGUCCUAUUUUUUCAACGGCAAAAAUGGAUAAUGCAACCGCAUCAUAGCACAGCAGUUACCCCAUCCCACUCAAGAGUUUGUAUUAUUUUGUAAUCUGGACAGAAAGAGAAGAGCAUAGGUAUAAGUAAGUUUCAAAAUACCAGCCACCUAAAAGGACACAGACCAACAACAGCAGCUAUUCUUUUUUUGUUUUUGUUAUUUUUUGUCUUUUCCCACUUUCCGAAUGAGAUUAAAAAUAGAAGCCAAGAAUCCUUGAAUCUUGAUCUCCUCAAUGGAGAUGAAUAGCCAAUCUGCAUCAUUUUAUUCUUUGGUUUGGAAGGCAAAAAACUGCAGCUAACUAGUACUUUGCUGCUGCUUCCCUCUCCCUUCACAUUCUUGGCUACUCUGCUCUUCUUUUUGUUCCUAUUUCUCUGUUAUUUUGCCUACCCUUUUGGGCAUUCUGCUCUGUUGUAUCUUGAAUAUUAUGAGAGUAAAAUGAGAUUCAAAUAUCUGGUCUUUUCUUGUCUCAAUAGUCGACUUGUGUGGAUAGACGCAUUCCAUGCCACCCAUUGUAGAAUGUAGAUCUAUCUCUUCUUUACAAAGUUUACAUGCAUGUUUCUUCUUUAACACAUCCAUCUUUCCAGAGGUUGCAACGGUAGCCUCUUAUCUUAUGGUGAGGGAUCCACAGUUUGUCUCUUCUUUUCUCUGUCAGGAGUCGGGACCAUAUGAUGAGAAAUUGGCGAGGGAAUUUUUUGAUACAUAUCUUCGACGGAAUUUCUUGGACCAUGCCCAUUUUUAGGCUUGGUUAUGUCAGUAAUCUGAAACUAAAUUGAGUACCACAAUCUAAUUGCUAGAUAGAGAUAUUAUGUUAAUGUACAGGCCAUCCAGUUGGCCCGGCCCUCAUAUUAAAGCCUAUGGUCUUGGCAGAUAGCUUCAACUUUAAUGAACAACUAGUAUCAAU